GAUGCUCGGCCUCCCGAAAGCUUCCCCAAGCCACCGACUCAUCCCCUUUGAGAAAAUUGGUGGCAAAGCUUGAGUUUUCUCCUUCUUUCUUGUUAAAUCACAAGAUUUGGGGCUUAGAAUCUUCCCUUUCAACCCAGAAAAUUCCGGUUCUGCUCUGCUCUUCUUCCUUGUCCGCCGGCUGCUGUAGGUUUGAAUUUCUGGGCAUUUUUCGGUUUCCGUGAGUUUCCCCUGCAGAUGCCGCCGGCUUCUUCUCCCUGUCAGUUCCGGUUUGCUUGCUGGAAUUCAGGUUCCCAAUUGUUCUGUCAGUUAGCACUGAGAUUGAGUGCUCGAUUUUAUGCGAGUGAGGUAAGUAAAUUAUGGUAACGCCCUUUGAUUUUCAAAGCAUGUAUUGAUUUGUUUUUGAAGUGGUGGCGGCACUAAACCCAUUUUAUACAAAAAUGAGCAUGAUUGAUUUGAAAUGAGAUUUUGAUGCUUUUCAUUAAAUUGAGCAUGCCUACUUGGAUUUUAAUUGAUUGUCCUGAUGAUCUGAAAGUGAUUGGUGAAUUAUGUUUUUCUGUUAACUUCAGCCUGUUUUGUCUCCGAUGUGGUCAUGUUUCUGUAAUCCUGUUAGUGGGAGUUAAACGCUAACACAUGUCGGCACAUGUUGAUAUGUUAUUAGUGACCCCGCUAGUGGGGGUUAAACGAUAGCACAUGUCGACACAUGUCGACACAUGUCGAUAUGUUAUUGAUAGAACCGGUUCGUUCGAGUGACCCUGCUAGUGGGGGUUAUACAUCAUCAAAUAGUGACCCUGCUAGUGGGGAUUAUACACUAGUAAAUCGUGUGCCUACCAGUGGAAGGUUUAUAACACUGGCCGUGACCUAUAGAAGAGACGUCUAUUUCGUUCCCGUAUUGUAUCUGUUUUUUGUGAUUGCACUUGUUGGCAUGCUAUAAGUUUAAUUAAGGGCACUCCAUAUUUAUUUACUGAGUUUAUCUCAUAAUUUUUCCUUGUCCAUCAUUUCAGGAAGUGAAACCGAAGACGGGGAAACCAAGGGAAGUGACGAGUUAGAAAGCUAACCAUUUUGCGAUUGAUAUAGAUUUUAGAAAUAAAUCAUGAUCUUGUAAGCUAGAGUGUAUUUGGAGAUUUUAUGAUAUUAGAGAAUUUUUAAAGAUUUGAUCUUUAGAUUUUAAUGGUAUCAGAUCGUGGAGUGAUAAGUUCCGAGCCUUGUGCAUUUGUGGGACCUUCUCACGAGUGCACGGCGUCUGUCGCACCUCGAAUUCGGGUUUUGGGGCGUGACAGAUUUUGCUUGAAUUAUUAAAUAUAGAUGUUUAGUAAAU